AUGGAUCAGUCAGGCCAGUCAGGUGUGCCCGGCCCCGGUGGGCGGAAGCUUCACAUUGCCCACCGAAGAAGCCCGUCUGAGCUGACUCCCUUGAUGAUGGAACAAUUGGCUAUUCAGCAACAAAUUGAGCUGCUUCAGCAGCAACAACAACAGAUCGCCGCGACUCACCAGCAGUAUGUGAACAUGGGCCUCUUGCAACCACAGCAGCUUGGUCAGGUCAACGCGUUCUCCCCUGGUGGCUCGAUCGGAGGGGUUUCCCCUCAGAUCAAUGCUUUCCAAUUCCCUCAGCAGCAACAGCUCGGAUUGCCCAUGAAUGCCCCAAACCAACACUCUCAUCGUCGCAACCAGUCUGCUCUCCCUGGUCUUGCAAUGGGCCCACCUCCCGCUCCUUCCUCUGGUGCAUCCGGCUACGCUGAUUACAAUCAGCAAGGCUCGAACAACCACCAAAAGUCCGAGAACACCAACCACGGUCGUGGCCGUGGUGGUCCUCCCGGCGGUGGCGGUCACCAGCGCCGUCACUCGCUUGCGCUUCCUGAAGCCAAAAAGGCCGCUGAGUUGGCUCAGCAGAAGCGAACAGCUUCUGGAUUCCAGUUCCCCGCGCCCGUCGCGGGUUCUGAGGCUCAGUCCGGCUCUGAUGACAAGCCUGGGCCAAGCACCUCUCCAGCCCCGCAGGGUCUUGGCCUUCAACGCGCUGGCAACAUGCGCUCCAGUGGUCACGGUCGUAGCCAAUCGAUGGCGAUUGGUGGUAAUCGUGGCGCUAUCUCUGGACGGGGUGCUGGAGGGUUCCAAUUCCCGGCUCCAAGCGAUGCUCAGCCUGAGAAUCAACGUCGCGCCAGCCAGAAUGGUGGUCAUGCGCGCACUGGCUCGCGCAACUUCGAUGGAAAUUGGCGCCAACCCAACAACCAGGCUCAAGGCCAAGAUCAGCAGAAACCCUUCGGUGGUCAGCAGCAGCAACAGCAGCAGCAGACCGGUGGCUUCCAGCCCGGUCACCGCUCGCGCGGCUCCAUCAACCAGUCAAUGGGUUCCAUUGGCCAGUUCCAGUAUCCAGGCCAGCCCCAGCUCAUUCAGCUUCCCCAGGGUCAGGUCAUGAUGGCCACUCCGCAGAUGUUUGCUGGGGGCCAGGCACAGCUCAACCCGCUUCAACUUGCCCAGCUUCAAGCCCUUCAGCAGCAGAACGGCCAAGGUCUGGGUGGCCUUCAAGCAAGCCAGCACGCGCCUCCCCAGCUUUCAGUCCAGCAGCAGCAACAGCAGCAACAGCAACAGCGGAAGACGUUGUUCACCCCUUACUUGCCUCAGGCAAAUCUGCCUGCUCUGAUCAGCAAUGGCCAGUUAGUUGCGGGUAUACUGCGUGUCAACAAGAAGAACCGAUCCGAUGCUUACGUGACCACACCUGAUCUGGACGCGGACAUCUUCAUUUGUGGCAGCAAGGACCGCAAUCGUGCUCUUGAGGGAGACUACGUCGCUGUCGAGCUGCUUGAUGUUGACGAAGUGUGGAACCAGAAAAAGGAGAAAGAAGAAAAGAAGAAGCGCAAGGAUAUUACUGAUGCUCGCUCGGGCAGCAAUGCUGGAAUUGACAAGCUUGGCCGAUCUGACUCGACUGGAGAAAGGCAAGAAGUGGCUCCGGAUGGAAGCAUCCGCCGUCGGGGUAGUCUCCGUCAGCGUCCGACUCAGAAGAAGAAUGAUGACGUUGAGGUCGAGGGACAGAGCCUUUUGCUUGUUGAGGAAGAUGAGAUCAGCGACGAGCAGAAGCCGCUGUACGCAGGUCACGUUGUUGCUGUCGUCGAGCGUAUCGCCGGCCAGAUGUUCUCGGGAACCCUAGGACUUCUUCGGCCCAGUAGCCAGGCAACAAAGGAGAAGCAAGAGGCAGAGCGUCAGGCUAGAGAUGGCAAUCACGGUCGUCACCAGGAUCGUCAUCAAGAGAAGCCCAAGAUUGUUUGGUUCAAGCCUACCGACAAGCGUGUUCCCCUGAUUGCGAUUCCCACUGAGCAGGCUCCUCGCGACUUUGUCGAGAAGCACCAGGACUACGCUAAUCGAAUCUUUGUCGCGUCGAUUAAGCGCUGGCCUAUCACCUCGCUUCAUCCUUUUGGAACAUUGGUUGAACAGCUUGGCGAGAUGGGCGACCUGCGCGUUGAGACCGACGCCCUUCUGCGUGACAACAACUUUGGAUCCGACGAAUUCUCGGAUGCCGUGAUCAAGAGCAUUGGCUGGGAAGAUUGGUCUAUUACCAAAGAGGGCGAUGCCCUCGGUGCUCGUCGCGACUUCCGUGAUGAGGCCUCCUUCACCAUCGAUCCUCAUGACUCGCAGUCACUUGAAGACGCCUUUCACAUGAAGAAGCUUGCCGAUGGCCGGGUUGAGAUCGGUGUUCACGUUGCCGAUAUUGCUCACUUUGUCAAAGGAAACUCUCUCGUUGACCGUGAGGCCAAGAAGCGAGGCACUGCUGUCUACCUGGUUUAUCGCGUUAUGAAUAUGCUUCCGCCUCGCGUUUCCAAUGAAUUGUGUUCCCUCAUUCCAGGCGAAGACCGACUGACAGUCAGCGUUGUCUUCAAAGCCGAUCCUAGCACUGGUUCGGUCGACGAAGACGUCUGGAUUGGAAAGGGCAUUAUCCGAAGCGCUGGUCGUCUCAGCUAUGACGAGGUGAACUCGAUCUUGACCGGAAAGUCAACAUCGACCACCGCGGGUAUCGGCGCUGACAGCCUGCAACUGCUGAACGCUACCGCGAAGAAAUUCCGGGAUUCCCGCUUCGGCAACCGCUCUGCCAAUGUUCCAAGCCUGCGUCUUCUGCAGCAGCUCGAUGACGAGAACGUACCGGUGGAGUAUAACAUUUUCGAGUCCACCCCAGCACAUGAGCUUGUGGAAGAACUGAGUCGCCAGGCCAACUUCUAUGUUGCUCGAAAGUUGGCUAGCGCUUUGCCCGGCAAGGCUUUCUUGCGCCGUCAGCCCUCUCCGAACUCCCGACGUCUGACCCAGUUCGUCGACCGGAUGAAUCGUCUGGGAUACAACAUCGAUUCCUCUAGCAGCGGCAGCCUACAGAGCUCUCUCUGCCAAGUGGACGACGUUGACAUUCGCAAGGGCAUGGAGACCUUGCUUUCAAAGGCAAUGCAGCGCGCCAAGUACUUUGUCAGCAGUGGAGCGCCUGACGAGCAGCGUCAGCACUACACCUUCAAUGUGCCUGUUUACACGCACUUUACCAACCCUUCGCGUCGCUAUGCUGACAUUAUCGUGCACCGUCAACUCGAAGCCAUUCUAUCUGAAGGGGCUAUUGAGUUCACUGAUGACGUCGAAUCCCUCACCAAGACAGCGGAUCUUUGUAACAACAAGAAGGACUCUGCCCUCAACGCCCAGGAGCAGAGCGUCCAUAUCGAGGCCUGUCGCAACAUGGACCGCAAGGUUCACGAAGUCGGUGGCGAUCUGAUCAGUGAAGGCAUCGUCCUUUGUGUCUAUGAGUCGGCCUUCGAUGUUUUGAUCCCCGAAUUUGGCUUUGAGAAGCGUGUUCACUGUGACCAAUUGCCGCUCAAGAAAGCCGAGUAUCGUAAGGACCGUCGCGUACUCGAGCUAUACUGGGAGAAGGGAGUCCCUUCCUCCGCAUAUAUUCCUGAAGAUGAGCGCCCCAAGCCUGGCAGUUCUCGUGCCGCUCAAGCAGCUGCCGCUGCUCGUGAAGCCGAGGCUGCGAAGGAACGUGCCCGUGAGCGUGAUGAGGCCAUGCGCAAACAGACUGAGACCGGCACUAUGUCUGCUGACGACGUUGACGCUCUUUUCGAUGACGAUGAGGAUGUUGACGAGGUCACUGAAAUGGCAGCCGGUGUUUCUCUCAACUCCAAUGACCGCUCCACCCAAAGCAUGCCUCCUUCCCCUACUCGCAAUGGUCAGCACCAGCAAGGUCCUCACCGAACACGAUCUGAUCCCAAGAUUGCCACUGGUGCUGGCGACGCUCCCGAGAACAAGAUGACCAAUAAGGAGAAGUACAUGAAGCUUUUCAAGCUGAGAGAGGAGGAUGGUGAAUUCAUUCAGGAUGUUACUGAAAUGACUCGUCUCCCCAUCAUUUUGAAGACAGAUCUUUCCAAGAGCCCACCCUGUCUGACUGUUCGCUCUGUCAACCCCUACGCUCUGUGA